CCCCCACCACUCCACCUAAUCGUGUAGCUUCCAUGCCCGAGUCUCCCAUCGUUUACCGGCGACGUCCCGCGUCGUCGCCGUCGGCCCCGUCCGCCAACGGGUCGUCGUCGGCGGCGGCCGAGACCAAGCAGGCGGGCUUGGCGGCCAGGACGGCAUUGCGCCGCGGGUUCUGGGGCUCACAGCACCCGAUGGUGCAUCGGACGGUGAUUGUGGCCACCUUUCUGGCGCUGACAGUGGUGACGGACGCGCUGGCGCCGACGUCGGAUGAGGCGAGCCUGCUCGAGGCCUUCAUCCCACGCAGCGUCUUCCGGGCCGUCCUCAUCACCUGGGUCUCAGCCUCGCUCUUCACCUACGAUCCGGCAUACGCCUACCCCUACACGCUCGCCUUUACUGUCCCGCUCGUAACCAUGUACUUUGCGCACCUGGGAUGCUACCACAUGGUCGUCCUGCAAGUCUUUGGUGUCAUUCCGGCGCUGGAGCUUGUCUCGCCCAAGAACCACUUUGACCUCACCCGCGAGGAGGAGAAUCAGCUCCGCAGCAUGCGCUCGUUCCGGUACAUCACCUGGAUCUGGGUCCCGCUCCAGCUCGCACACAUUGUGUGGGGCAUGUACGUGGCCUCGGCGUGGGGCCUCUCCCGCUCACAGCUUGCGCUCCUCACGGCGUCGAUCGGGAUCUCGACCGGCGGCCUCGGCAUCAACUUUGCGCACGAGCUCAUCCACAAGCCGACCAAGCUCGAGAAGGGACUUGGCCGCAUCCUUCUCGCCUCGGUCUGCUACGGCUCGUUCUACGUCGAGCACCUGUACGGCCAUCACCGGCACGUCUCCACGCCGCACGACCCGGCGUCGGCGCGCUACUCUGAGUCGCUCUACGCCUUUCUUCCGCGCACGCUCGUCGGCUCGUUCCGCUCGGCAUGCCACAUCGCGGCAGCGCGGUGCGUCAAAGCCGGCGUUCCGGUUCUGUCGCUCUCGAACGAGGUCUACUCGCUCCUGGCCGUCUCGGCUGGCAUGGCCGCCUGCGCCUGGGCCAUCUUUGGCGCUCUCGGCCUCGGCAUGUUUUUCGGGCAGUCGGCCGUCGCCAUCCUCCUCCUCGAAAUCGUCAAUUACAUCGAGCAUUUUGGUCUUGCCCGCAAGCCGUCGGACAAGUACGAGGGUGAGUUCGAGCCGGUCACCCCCAUUCACUCGUGGAACUCGACCGCGUGCAUCACUGACCUCUUCCUCCUCAAUCUCCAGCGGCACUCGCACCACCACGCCAAGGCUGGCGAUCGCUACCAGAUACUCCACUCUUACGACGACUAUGAGGCUCCGCAAAUGCCCACCGGAUACGCCGGCAUGAUGCUUCUCGCCCUCGUCCCGCCGCUGUGGUUUGCGGUCAUGCGGCCGCGCGUCGAUGCGCUCCGCGAGCGCAAUCUGCUCUGA